AUGAUAUUAAAUACCACCAGCUUUUUGCUUAUUCUAGUCUGUCAGGCAUGGGGUCAAUCAAUAAAGAUAAGGAUACCAGUGUGGGAUGCUUCCACAAUAUUUUCGAGGCUGACUGGAAUCGGAAUAAAUUCAGGAAACACUAAUAAUCAAAAUCCAUCAAACCAGCCGAAUAGCAAUCAACAGAAUGUCGAAUACAACGAUUAUCUAAAUAACUAUUAUAAUAAUUAUUGGGCCAGUGCAUACCAAAACGAUCCUAAUUAUGACCCUUAUGGGUAUUACAGCCCGUACGGACCUUUCGGAUAUCAGACUGUAACAACACCGACAGUCACACAAACAACAACUCCGAUGGUUCCAACGACAACAGCGGUUAUUUCAACAACUGAAACGCCGAUUUGUGCAGUCUUUCCUCAUCUUCCAGCGUGUCAAACAUCAACCAUGCCUACUAGCACUACAUCCGAUUCGACGACGUCAUCCACACCCAUGCCCACCUCCACCACAACAACCGAAAGGAUAACAACAUCCACAUCGACCACCACAACUACAUCAACGGAGUCGUCGACAACAUCCACGGCAAUUCCGACUUCCACAACAAGCGAGAGCACUUCAACCGCGAUCCCAACAUCCUCGACAUCGGACUCUACGACAACGUCUAGCACUAGUUCAUCAACGGAGCCAACGACAACAUCCACGGCAAUUCCGACUACCACAACAAGCGAAAGCACUUUAACAUCAACCGCGAUCCCAUCACCCUCGACAUCGGACUCUACGACGACGUCCACCACAAGCUCAUCAACGGAGUCGUCGACAACAUCCACGGCAAUUCCGACUUCCACAACAAGCGAUAGCACUUCAACUGCGAUCCCAACAUCCUCGACAUCGGACUCUACGACGACGUCCACCACAAGCUCAUCAACGGAGUCGUCGACAACAUCCACGGCAAUUCCGACUUCCACAACAAGCGAGAGCACUUCAGCCGCGAUCCCAACAUCUUCGACAUCGGACCCUACGACUACGUCCACUUCAAGUCCAUCAGAUUCUACGACAACAUCCACUGAUAGUUCGACUUCAACAACAACCCAAAGUACUUCAACAUCCACCGCGAUCCCAACAUCCUCAACAUCAGAAUCUACGACUACGUCCACUACAAGUCCAUCAGAUUCUACGACGACUUCCACUGAAAGUUCGACGUCCACAACAACCGAAAGUACUUCAACUACCCCAACAACAACCGAAAGGAGUACAACAUCCACCGCUAUCCCAACAUCCUCCACAUCGGACUCUACGACUACGUCCACUGCAAGUCCAUCAGAUUCAACGACGACAUCUACUGAAAGUUCGACGUCAACGACAACCGAAAGUAGUACAACAUCCACCGCUAUCCCAACAUCCUCAACAUCGGUCUCUACGACUACGUCCACUACAAGUCCAUCAGAUUCUACGACGACUUCCACUGAAAGUUCGACGUCCACAACAACCGAAAGUAGUACAACAUCCACUGCGAUCCCAACUUCUUCAACAUCAGACUCUACGACAACGUCCACUGCAAGUCCAUCAGAUUCUACGACAACAUCUACUGAAAGUUCGACGUCCACAACAACCGAAAGUACUUCAACUUCCUCAACAACAACCGAAAGUAGUACAACAUCCACGGCGAUCCCAACCUCCUCAACAUCAGACUCUACGACUACGUCCACUGCAAGUCCAUCAGAUUCAACGACAACAUCUACUGAAAGUUCGACGUCAACAACAACCGAAAGUAGUACAACAUCCACCGCGAUCCCAACAUCCUCCACAUCGGACUCUACGACUACUACAACAUCCACGGCGAUCCCAACCUCCUCAACAUCAGACUCUACGACUACGUCCACUGCAAGUCCAUCAGAUUCAACGACAACAUCUACUGAAAGUUCGACGUCCACAACAACCGAAAGUAGUACAACAUCCACCGCUAUCCCAACAUCCUCAACAUCAGACUCUACGACUUCGUCCACUGCAAGUCCAUCAGAUUCAACGACAACAUCUACUGAAAGUUCGACGUCAACAACAACCGAAAGUAGUACAACAUCCACCGCUAUCCCAACAUCCUCAACAUCGGACUCUACGACUACGUCCACUGCCAGUCCAUCAGAUUCUUCGACAACAUCUACUGAAAAAUCGACGUCCACAACAACCGAAAGUACUUCAACUUCCUCAACAACAACCCAAAGUAGUACAACAUCCACGGCGAUCCCAACCUCUUCAACAUCAGACUCUACGACUACGUCCUCUGCAAGUCCAUCAGAUUCAACGACAACAUCGACUGAAAGUUCGACGUCAACAACAACCGAAAGUACUACAACAUCCACGGCGAUCCCAACAUCCUCAACAUCAGACUCUACGACUACUACAACAUCCACGGCGAUCCCAACAUCCUCAACAUCAGACUCUACGACUACGUCCUCUGCAAGUCCAUCAGAUUCAACGACAACAUCUACUGAUAGUUCGACAUCAACAACAACCGAAAGUAGUACAACAUACACGGCGAUCCCAACAUCCUCAACAUCAGACUCUACGACUACGUCCACUGCAAGUCCAUCAGAUUCAACGACAACAUCUACUGAAAGUUCGACGUCAACAACAACCGAAAGUAGUACAACAUCCAUCGCUAUCCCAACAUCCUCAACAUCAGACUCUACGACUACGUCCACUGCAAGUCCAUCAGAUUCUACGACAACAUCUACUGAAAGUUCGACGUCAACGACAACCGAAAGUAGUACAACAUCCACGGCGAUCCCAACAUCCUCAACAUCAGACUCUACGACUACGUCCACUGCAAGUCCAUCAGAUUCAACGACAACAUCUACUGAAAGUUCGACGUCAACAACAACCGAAAGUAGUACAACAUCCACCGCUAUCCCAACAUCCUCAACAUCAGACUCUACGACUACGUCCACUGCAAGUCCAUCAGAUUCUACGACAACAUCUACUGAAAGUUCGACGUCAACGACAACCGAAAGUAGUACAACAUCCACGGCGAUCCCAACAUCCUCAACAUCAGACUCUACGACUACGUCCACUGCAAGUCCAUCAGAUUCAACGACAACAUCUACUGAAAGUUCGACGUCAACAACAACCGAAAGUAGUACAACAUCCAUCGCUAUCCCAACAUCCUCAACAUCAGACUCUACGACUACGUCCACUGCAAGUCCAUCAGAUUCUACGACAACAUCUACUGAAAGUUCGACGUCAACAACAACCGAAAGUAGUACAACAUCCACCGCUAUCCCAACAUCCUCAACAUCAGACUCUACGACUACGUCCUCUGCAAGUCCAUCAGAUUCAACGACAACAUCGACUGAAAGUUCGACGUCAACAACAACCGAAAGUACUACAACAUCCACGGCGAUCCCAACAUCCUCAACAUCAGACUCUACGACUACGUCCACUGCAAGUCCAUCAGAUUCUACGACAACAUCUACUGAAAGUUCGACGUCCACAACAACCGAUAGUACUUCAACUUCCUCAACAACAACCGAAAGUAGUACAACAUCCACGGCGAUCCCAACAUCCUCAACAUCAGACUCUACGACUACGUCCUCUGCAAGUCCAUCAGAUUCAACGACAACAUCUACUGAUAGUUCGACAUCAACAACAACCGAAAGUAGUACAACAUACACGGCGAUCCCAACAUCCUCAACAUCAGACUCUACGACUACGUCCACUGCAAGUCCAUCAGAUUCAACGACAACAUCUACUGAAAGUUCGACGUCAACAACAACCGAAAGUAGUACAACAUCCAUCGCUAUCCCAACAUCCUCAACAUCAGACUCUACGACUACGUCCACUGCAAGUCCAUCAGAUUCUACGACAACAUCUACUGAAAGUUCGACGUCAACGACAACCGAAAGUAGUACAACAUCCACGGCGAUCCCAACAUCCUCAACAUCAGACUCUACGACUACGUCCACUGCAAGUCCAUCAGAUUCAACGACAACAUCUACUGAAAGUUCGACGUCAACAACAACCGAAAGUAGUACAACAUCCACCGCUAUCCCAACAUCCUCAACAUCAGACUCUACGACUACGUCCACUGCAAGUCCAUCAGAUUCUACGACAACAUCUACUGAAAGUUCGACGUCAACGACAACCGAAAGUAGUACAACAUCCACGGCGAUCCCAACAUCCUCAACAUCAGACUCUACGACUACGUCCACUGCAAGUCCAUCAGAUUCAACGACAACAUCUACUGAAAGUUCGACGUCAACAACAACCGAAAGUAGUACAACAUCCAUCGCUAUCCCAACAUCCUCAACAUCAGACUCUACGACUACGUCCACUGCAAGUCCAUCAGAUUCUACGACAACAUCUACUGAAAGUUCGACGUCAACGACAACCGAAAGUAACUCUACGACUACGUCCACUGCAAGUCCAUCAGAUUCUACGACAACAUCUACUGAAAGUUCGACGUCCACAACAACCGAAAGUACUUCAACUUCCUCAACAACAACCGAAAGUAGUACAACAUCCACUGCGAUCCCAACAUCCUCCACAUCGGACUCUACGACUACGUCCACUGCAAGUCCAUCAGAUUCAACGACAACAUCCACUGAAAGUUCGACUUCAACAACUACCGAAAGUAGUACAACAUCCACUGCGAUCCCAACAUCCUCAACAUCAGACUCUACGACUACGUCCACUGCAAGUCCAUCAGAUUCUACGACAACAUCUACUGAAAGUUCGACGUCCACAACAACCGAUAGUACUUCAACUUCCUCAACAACAACCGAAAGUAGUACAACAUCCACCGCUAUCCCAACAUCCUCAACAUCAGACUCUACGACUACGUCCUCUGCAAGUCCAUCAGAUUCAACGUCAACAUCUACUGAAAGUUCGACGUCCACAACAACCGAAAGUAGUACAACAUCCACGGCGAUCCCAACAUCCUCAACAUCAGACUCUACGACUACGUCCUCUGCAAGUCCAUCAGAUUCAACGACAACAUCUACUGAUAGUUCGACAUCAACAACAACCGAAAGUAGUACAACAUCCACCGCGAUCCCAACAUCCUCAACAUCAGACUCUACGACUACGUCCUCUGCAAGUCCAUCAGAUUCAAAGACAACAUCUACUGAUAGUUCGACAUCAACAACAACCGAAAGUAGUACAACAUCCACCGCUAUCCCAACAUCCUCAACAUCAGACUCUACGACUACGUCCUCUGCAAGUCCAUCAGAUUCAACGUCAACAUCUACUGAAAGUUCGACGUCCACAACAACCGAAAGUAGUACAACAUCCACGGCGAUCCCAACAUCCUCAACAUCAGACUCUACGACUACGUCCUCUGCAAGUCCAUCAGAUUCAACGUCAACAUCUACUGAAAGUUCGACGUCCACAACAACCGAAAGUAGUACAACAUCCACGGCGAUCCCAACAUCCUCAACAUCAGACUCUACGACUACGUCCUCUGCAAGUCCAUCAGAUUCAACGACAACAUCUACUGAUAGUUCGACACUCUACGACUACGUCCACUGCAAGUCCAUCAGAUUCUACGACAACUGA